CUAAGCUGGUGAAGCAGCAUAGCCCCACAAUAUAUAAUGUAAUCACUGUGCAGGUUCAGUUUCGAAGCUUGUUUCAGUUUUCCACCAAAACACUGAUAACUCAAUACAAAAUUCUAACAAACCAAACCUAAGCGCACACACUCAUUUGAUUCGUUAGGGUUUUCCCCCAAUUCCCAAUGGCAGAAGUUAUCACCAACAUUCCCUCCGAUUCCCUCGACAAAUCCCCAACCUCCUCCGCCCCUCCUCCACCACCACCUCCUCCCUCCUCUUCCGCCGCCGAUUCCGAUCUCCCUCCACAUUCUCACCCUCCUCCACAUUCCUCCUAUCGCCGUAGGGACUAUCGCAGAGACGAUAGAGAUUUCGAUCGUCCUCCUAAUCGCCGCGAUUAUUAUGAACGUAACAUGUCUCCGCCGCCAAGGGAUAGAGAUAGAGACUUCAAGCGUAGGCGUAGUCCCAGUCCUCCGUAUCGUGACCGCCGAUAUUCUCCACCGCCUCGAAGAUCGCCUCCGCAUUAUAAUUACAAGCGCUCCAGGAGAGGUGGCAGUCCCCGUGGCGGUUAUGGACCUGAUGAUAGCAGAUCUGGAUAUGAUCAUUACGGCGGUUAUGAUCGGGGUGGAAGAGGUGGUUAUGAUAGGGGUGGAAGAGGUGGUUAUGAUAGGGGUGGAAGAGGUGGUAAUGAUAGGGGUGGAAGAGGUGGUUAUGCUGAUGACAGGUCUUAUGGUAGGUUUGAAAAUCGUUCUGCAGCAGGAUAUCAAAAUGGGAUCUCUGAUAUGGAAUACAAUCGUGGUUAUGCAGACUUGCCAAGUGGUGGUGCACAAAGAGAAGGGUUGAUGUCCUAUAAACAAUUCAUUCAGGAGCUUGAGGAUGAUAUACUACCAACUGAAGCAGAACGUAGGUAUCAAGAAUACAGAACAGAGUACAUUUCUACCCAAAAGAGAGCUUAUUUCAAUGCUCAUAAGGAUGAGGAGUGGUUGAAAGAUAAAUAUCAUCCAACAAAUUUGCUUACUGUCAUUGAAAGGAGGAAUGAAAGUGCUCGACAGCUGGCAAAGGAUUUUUUGCUUGAUUUGCAAAGUGGAACAUUAGAUAUAAAUCCGGGUUUAAGUGCCUCUUCAUCCAGCAAAUCAGGGCAAGCUAGCGAGCCAAAUUCAGACGAGGAAGCGGAUGGCAAACGAAGAAGACAUGGAAGGGGUUCUAAUAAACAAAGUGAUUUCUCAGCUGCUCCAAUGACUCAUCCUAUCAGUUCUGAACCUAAAAGAAUACAAGCAGAUGUUCAACAGGCACAGUCCCUUGUUCACAAGCUUGACACUGAAAAGGGGAUUGGAGAUAAUAUUUUAUGCAGCAGUGAUCACAGUAAAGCUGAUGAUAAGUCUCAUAGUGGAUCUGCGGGUCCCACAAUCAUUAUACGAGGCCUAACAUCUGUUAAGAGUUUAGAAGGUGUUGAACUUUUGGACACACUUAUUACAUAUCUGUGGCGGAUUCAUGGUGUAGAUUACUAUGGCCUGAUUGAGACUACUGACGCUAAGGGUUUUAGGCAUGUGAGGCCAGAAAGAACAGGGCAUGCAGAAACAGGUAACUCAGGGUCUGAAUGGGAGAAGAAACUUGACUCAUUUUGGCAGGGAAGGUUGAAUGGUCAGGAUCCAUUGGAAGUAAUGGCUGCUAAGGAGAAAAUAGAAGCUGCAGCAGUUGAAGUGUUGGAUCCAUAUAUUAGAAAAAUCAGGGAUGAAAAAUAUGGAUGGAAAUAUGGUUGUGGAGCUAAAGGCUGCACAAAGCUUUUUCAUGCUGCUGAAUUUGUGUAUAAACAUCUGAAGCUAAAACACCCAGAGCUUGCUCUUGAACAAACUUCAAAAUUGCGUGAGGAUCUCUAUACUCAAAAUUACAUGAAUGAUCCAGAUGCUCCUGGUGGAAAGCCUGUCAUGCAGCAACCUCAGAAGGACAACAAGCCUUUAAAUCGAAGGUUGGGUAUGGAGGGCCGAUUGAGAGAUGAUCGUGGUAAUCGUCGAGACCAUGAACGGAAUGACAGAAUAAAUGACGGAGAUAGACCUGAUUCCCCAUCCCGUGAAAGGCAGUCUAAACCACUUGAGAUGGGAAACAAUGAUGAAACAAUGUAUGACGCUUAUGCAGGGCCUGGGGUUCCUCCUUUUUCCUCGGAUAUGCCUCCGCCAGUAUUGAUGCCUGUACCUGGUGCUGGGCCAUUAGGACCCUUUGUUCCUGCUCCACCAGAAGUUGCAAUGCAAAUGUUAAGAGAACAAGGAGGGCCAUCUUCAUAUGAUGCCUCUGGAAGAAAUAUGAGGUCUGGCCCUCAUAUAGGUGGACCGGCACCAAUAAUUGCUGUUCCUCCAGCUUUUAGACCAGAUCCUCGGAAGAUGCGAAGUUAUCAGGAUUUGGAUGCUCCAGACGACGAGGUCACCGUGAUAGACUAUCGCAGUUUGUAGGUAUCUUUAGGUGAUGACUGGUUUUCUAUAAAUUCUAAAAUUAGUGUCCUUGCGACCUGCAGAGUUGAAUGCCGACCAUGAUAUUGAUUUUUGCUGGGAUCAUGCUCAAUUUCUUCUCUGGAUUUUUUUAUGAGAUUUAUACUUAUUUGCGGAAAUUCAUGUCCCUGGGAAUUUUUUUUGUUAUUGUGAGAAAUGAUAGCAACAAUAAACCGAUUAUAAUUUAUUGAAAUCAAUGGAUUGGAUUUUUUUAUAAUUAAAAUG